AUGAACGAGGAGAUCUCCGGAGUAGGAGCUUAUGUAAAGCCGAUAGUACCUGUUUACGGCACGGACACUUCAUUCGCCAUCGCUAUCCUCAACCGAAACAAUCGAGCGAACGAUGUUGAAUUCAAACUGAGGAAUCUCGGGCUCACUAGCGAACGCGGCUACAUCCUCAAAGAUCUUUGGAGUAAUGCACCAACCGUUAAAGUGAGUCCGGACGACACUGUGCGAUUCCAGGUGCCGGCUACAGGGGCAGCGAUGUACAGGGCAGAAUUGAGGAAACCAAAGCGUUGGCUCGAGAACAAUCGAUUCAUUGAAGUGCUCACUAACAGGGUGGCGUACGACUUCUAG